UUGUCAUCAUUGCGCGGGUAUGUCCAAAAAUUUUCCACAUAAAUUUAUCCAGCUAACGCCUGAACUGCUGCUUGUAAUGACUGCAUAGCUUUCAGUUACUGAGUGGAUAAAGGUGGACAUUGACGAAAACUGUAUGUUUCAUUCAGCUUUUUUCCGUUUGUGGAAACUCGAUCGUUACGUGACAGUCCACAAAUUGGAUUAGCGCUAAGUAAAGCCACCAGUGAAUGAUAGUGUAGCAGCCUUGCUAGCUGGGAGUGAAGGCUAACGUUGACGUUUAGGCUUCUCUAGCUUUGACUUGCUGUUGUAUUUUGUUUCUAUGCGUUAAUCACAAGUAAUGCUCAGCGACAGACAAUUCUUUGAGUGUCGUCCUUGAACAUUGCUAACAUUGCGUAUAUUAAAAAGUUGACGUCGUAAAUUCCUGCCAGCUCGCGGAGAAGUCAUUAGGUUAACAUGGAUAGUCACAGUCAGCGGUUUGACUCCACCACAGGACGAGACGGCAAACCUCAAAAGAAGAAGGGCUUCUCCAACUACAGCAACUCAUGCUACGAUGAAGGAGACCGCAAACAAAAGUUUCACUUACCCUUUAGAAACAUCACAGAUGAUGUGCUGGACAGAUUUGCCAGUAUCCGGAUUCCGGGGAGCAAAAAAGAGCGGCCACCCUUAAUGCAAUCCAAACACAGCUCAAAUGACUGGUCCGCUUCUUCAUCAUCCACCUCUCAUCAUUUUGAGGAACUGUCGUCCAAGAUCACCUCGGAGAAAGAGAUCCUGGCCUUGUUUGAAAAGAUGAUGGAGGACAUGAACCUGAAUGAGGACAAAAAGACUCCUUUGAGGCACAAGGACCUCAACACAAAGCGAGAAAUGGUCAUCCAGUAUAUGUUCACUGCCUCUAAAACUGGUAGCUUGAGAAGCAGCCAUCAGAUAUCUCCUCAAGAAUUCCUUGGUGAGCUCAAGUCAGGGGUGAUGGACGAACGUCUGUUUGCCUGUCUAGACUCAUUGAGAGUGUCCCUCACCAGCAACCCUGUCAGCUGGGUGCAGAGCUUUGGGCAUGAGGGUCUCGGACUGCUGUUGGACGUUUUGGAGAGGUUGCUAUUUAAGAAACAGCAAGAGAAGAUUGACAAAAAGAACCAGCAUAAAGUUGUCCAAUGUCUCAAAGCCUUCAUGAACAAUAAGUACGGUUUGGAUCGAAUUCUGGGUGAGGAGAAAAGUCUUGCUUUAUUGGCAAGGGCCAUUGAUCCCCAGUCUGCCACGAUGACGGACGUGGUAAAGCUGCUGUCAGCCAUCUGCAUUGUGGGCGAAGAGAACACUCUGGAGAAGGUCCUUGAAGCCAUCACCACAGCAGGGGAAUGGCGAGCCAUUGAGAGGUUCAGUCCCAUUGUGCAAGGACUACGAGAUCGCUCAGUUCAAUUACAAGUGGCAUGCAUGCAGCUCAUCAAUGCGCUAGUAACAUCUCCUGAUGAGUUGGACUUCAGGCUGCACAUUAGAAAUGAAUUUAUGCGCUGUGGCCUGAAAGAGAUAUUGCCGCAACUAAUAGCCAUUAGGAAUGAGGCUCUUGACAUUCAGCUGAAGGUGUUUGAAGAGCACAAAGAAGAGGACAUGAUGGAGUUCUCUCAUAGACUGGAAGACAUCAAGAGUGAACUGGAUGAUGCGGGGGAUGUGUUCAGUAUUGUGCAGAGUAUGGUGAAGGACAGCAGUGCAGAGCCUUAUUCCUCUAUACUGCAGCACCUGAUUCUUAUACGCAAUGACUACUUAGUCAGGCCCCAAUACUUUAAGAUCAUCGAGGAGUGUGUUUCUCAAAUUGUGCUCCACCGUAGUGGCACUGACCCCGACUUCAGCUACCGCAAACGUCUAGAUGUUGACUUCAGCCACCUCUUAGAGGUUUGUGUGGAUAAAGCUCGAACGGAUGAGUAUGAACAAAGAGCUUCAGAACUGGCACAGAAGUUUGAUGAGGAGUUUCUCAGCAGACAGGAGGCCCAAGCUCAGCAAGUGAAGUGUGAAGAAAAAAUAUCUGAACUCCAAGCAGAGCUUCAGGCCUUCAGGUCCCAGUUCGGAGCUGUGCCUGUGGCUCUGACUUCUGCCCAGGCUGGACAGGCGUUAUCUUCCUCAGCAUUCCCGCCUGGGUCUCCAGCCCCUGCUCCACCGCCCGGGGUGCCACCUCCCCCUCCACCCCCUCCACCGCCUCCAUUACCCGGCUGCCCCGCUGCGCCUCCUCCACCACCUGGGAUGCCUCCUCCAUUUGGCCCCCCGCCACCUCCUCCAGGGUUUGGAGGUGGUUUCGGCUCACCCACACCCAACGCUCUGCCUUAUGGCCUCAGGCCUAAGAAAGAAUUCAAGCCUGAGACCUCCAUGAAGCGCCUCAACUGGUCCAAGAUUCGUCCCCAGGAAAUGUCAGAGAGCUGCUUCUGGGUGCUGGCUGAUGAGACCCAGUAUGCAAAACCGGAACUGCUGAACAGAGUUGCUUUUACUUUUGGCUCACAAAGAACAGCCAAAAAAGAAGAGGAGGAUCUGGAGGAUAAGAAAUCCAUAAAGAAGAGAAUUAAAGAGCUCAAGGUGCUCGAUCCCAAGAUUGCACAGAAUCUGUCCAUCUUCCUGGGUUCCUUCCGUAUGCCUUAUCAGGAAAUUCGACGCAUGGUCGUGGAGGUGGAUGAGGAGCAACUCACUGAACCUAUGAUUCAGAACCUUGUAAAGCACCUACCAGAACAGGAGCAGCUGAAUGCACUGACCAAGUACAAAAACGAGUACUCCAAUUUGUCAGAGCCCGAGCAGUUUGGGGUUGUGAUGAGCAGUGUAAAGCGGCUGCGUCCUCGCCUCAGCCACAUCCUCUUCCGACUACAGUUUGAAGAGCAAGUAAACAAUCUGCGCCCAGAUAUCUUGGCGGUAAACGCCGCCUGCGAUGAGGUCAGGAAGAGCCGCUCCUUCGGUCGCCUGCUGGAGCUGGUGCUGCUGCUGGGGAAUUACAUGAACGCAGGCUCUCGAAACGCCCAGUCAUUUGGCUUUGACCUCAGUUCCCUUUGCAAGCUAAAGGACACAAAGUCAGCAGACCAAAAGACCACUUUACUCCACUUCUUGGCAAAAGCAUGUGAGGAGGAAUUUCCAGAUGUGAUAAAGUUUGUUGAUGACCUGGAACACGUGGAUCGAGCUAGCAGAGUGUCUGCAGAGAAUCUGGAAAAGAGCCUCAGGCAGAUGGAGAGGCAGCUGCUGCAGCUGGAGAGAGACCUGGAGACUUUCUCCUCCCCCGAUGACCCCAACGACAUGUUUUUCACCAAAAUGGCUAGCUUCAGCAAAGUCGCACGGGAGCAGUAUGGGAAGCUGGUAAUCAUGCACAGCAAUAUGGAGACGCUGUAUCAGAAUGUGCUGGAGUACUUUGCUGUUGAUCCUAAGAAGACCUCUGUGGAGGAGCUGUUCACUGAUCUCAGCAACUUCCGGUCCAUGUUCAUGCAAGCACUGAAGGAGAACUUCAGGCAGAGGGAGUCAGAGGAGAAACAAAGGAGAGCACGGGCAGCGAAAGAGAAGGCUGAGCGGGAAAAGAAGGAGAGACAGCAGAAGAAGAGAAGGUUGCUGGAAGUCAAUGCAGAGAAUGAUGAGACAGGCGUGAUGGAUAGUUUGCUGGAAGCUCUACAGUCAGGAGCUGCAUUCAGAGACCGCAGGAAGAGAGUGCCAAGACCCAGAGAUAACCAGCAGCAGACAAUCAGUCCCGGCUCCUUCCGCCAGGUUCUCAGGCCUGUUAACUAUGAAAACAACAAGGCCCCUUUACAAAGGUCUCGCUCACGGCAGAAUAUAAAUGCGAAUUCAGCGGCGGCGAAAGCUCCCCCUGCCAAGGAGGCCCAUAACGAGUCUGAGGGCCAUCCAUCUGCAGCCAGGGCCAAGGUUUCUGCGUGUUCGGAGCCAGGCCGCAGGAUCAGGAACAUCCCAGGUUACAGCUAUGGGCUGAACAGAGAGAGGGUGGUGGAGGCAGAGAUGGUUAAAGUGACUGAAAAAGAGACGGAAGUGGAAGCAGACACUCCAGCCUUGCAGCCGUCCUCUGGUCCUGCGGUCAGCAGCUGUGGCACCAACGGAGAGUCAGACGUAGAGGCUCUCCUUGCCAGACUCAGAGCCUUGUGAGGUUCGUUUCUUAUCUUUGAAAUAAUAUGCAGCAUAUAGUAUUUUUCUACCCGGAGAUUUAAAAACACUCUGAAUGUAACCUAAGAUUUUCCUUUGAAGGUUUUGUUAACAGAAGGAGAAUUUAGUUGUUGAAAGCUGUCAGGCACGAAUAGUCAGUCAGCUGUACAAUAUAUUUAAACAAUAGUAUUCUAAGGAAACAUAAAUAUAAAACUUUAUUUAAAAAAUAAUACAUUUUUAUAAAAGUGCUAGCGAGUUUGAGGACCAUGCUUUUAAUGCUUGAUGGUACGGAUAUAAAAAAUCUUUUUCCAAAAGAAAGUCCUGGCAGAUGGAGCACAAAGCUGGUCACACACUGGUCUGCAGAAUGUCCUCAGAAGUUAUUUCAGGAAAUGCAGACUGAAUUUUAACAGUUGUGAUUUAAUGGAAGUACUUAAACACACGAGUGUCAUACAUUAUAGCCUAAAAGAGAAAAUACACCUACAAAGACCCAAAAGGUCUUUAUCCGAUCCUGCAAAGUGCACUGCCAAAAAUGUCUGGCCGUCCUUUACUUCCCAAACAGUGGGACUCUAUCAUAGCUUUUCACUGAAUGUUAAAAUGCAAUGUUGCUGAGCACUUUUUAUAAUCAACUAGUAUGCAAGAAUAAAGCAUUUGCUUCGAUAUUGGCAUUUUUACUUCUUUAUCGCAUGAAAUCAUCCUACCUGUUUUUGUUUUUAAUUACGCUGUAGUUAUUUUCAUAUGAAUGGUAUUAGUCGAGUGCACAUGAAGGCUUUUAUUUUCUUCUUUUGUUUUUGGAAGUUAAUUGCUUUUCAUGUUUCUCUGUCUUUGUUUCUUCUCUUUUGAGGUUUUUGUCAUCCAUUGUGGGGCUUCUUUUAUACUGAAAACAUUAGCCUCAUUGUCUAUAUAACUUUAAAUAUAUCUGCAAAAGUUCAAUCUAUGAUUAUAUUUCCACAGGUUAUACCUUUAAUUACUGUCAUUUCAUUUUGGAUUUACUCGACUGUUCUUUGCCUCUGUGUUGGUGCUCGGGGGAACAAGACGGAAUAAUUCUGCAAAAAGGGAAUAAAGUCUUACUGUGUUAUUGUCCAGAAUGUGGCACAAAACAAACUCAACUGUUUUUCUUCUACAUUCCUGCACAAAUGACUUGCAUCUUAAGCAUUUUUUCUUGUACCUUCAUUCGUACUCUUCACUUUUAUAGACCCGUUUACAAUAAAACAAAGCUAAAAAGAAAA